UUCAUUUCCAAUCUAAUAUCAAAUCAGUAUUGCGUGAAAUAUUUUCAGCAUUUUCUCCAAAAUGUAUACUUGUCGUGGCUUCUCGUUUUUCAUACUUUUGAGUGUUUCUACAAUGUUUAUUGAUGCAAAAAACAUCGUGAGCAGUGAAAACAGAACAAACAUUAGCCAGUCUUUAGUGUCAGCAAUAGUGGAUGGAAUAGACAGUAAAUCUAGAAUGUUCUUUGUUAUUGUGCACACUACUGAUAGCUACUGUGGGGGGACAAUGAUAGAUCGCCACUGGGUCAUAACAGCAGCUCAGUGUGUUUUCGGCAGACAAACUGACACAACACAUAUUCAGGCCGGAGACUUCACCAAACAAUCUGCUAAGCAAUUCUAUGAAGUAAAGAAGGUUAUUUACGCAGACGGAUUCGACAUGUUGACUUACAACAAUGACAUUGCUCUUCUUAAGACUAAAAAGAGCAUGCGGUCACUUAGAAGCGGACAUAAGUUCCUGCCGAUGUGCAAGAGAGAGCCGGAGGACCUAGCAGUGCUGGGGUCAUGCGGGAUGGGCUCCGAUUCUAGUUACACGAUCAAUCAACCUUCUAAACUGCAGGAGGUGCUUUACGAUCAUGGAAGCAACUCCGCCGGAUGUCCCGAGAACCAGUUGUGUCUCAUUUCGUUCUUGUCUGGCAGCAGCAUCUGUGUGUAUGACCAGGGAAGCCCCCUCUAUGUGAUGAGUUGUGGUCAAACCAAACCCCAAUGUCUAUUCGGGGUAGCCAGUCACUGGACUGGAUCGAACGUCGGAAUGGGUCACUUAUGUUCACGCGUUAAUGUUUUUACUAAGAUAUUACCAUUGAGAGACUGGAUCAAAAACACAAUUCGAGCUAAUUAAUUUUUUCUAUAGAUUUUUAAUUC